AUGGCUCAAACCAACAGUUACUUGGAAAUUGUACGCCAGGCCGCAGAGAACUGGACAGGGAGUUUACCCUGUGAAAAAUGGGACUGUAAGUGUGCAUACAAUAAACCGAGAGGUUGCUGUUGUGUGGCUGCACCUCUGUUCCAGCUGGAAGAAUCCACUUUUAUGCGCAUGGUGGAGCUUCGGAAAGACCUGAACAAUCUCAGUGGGCAGAUCAAGAAUGUUACAGGUGAACGUAACAUAGCAUUUGCAGCUACACUGGCAUCGACAACUGGAUGCUUUGGACCUUUUACCAAAAAUGUGUCUAUUUCAUACCAGAACGUUUCACUUAACCAAGGCUAUGGUUAUAAUCCAGCAAUGGGUGCAUUCACAGCCCCACGUGCUGGCCUUUACUCCUUCACCUACACGUGCUACUCCAACCUGGGGCCAGCGGGCGAGCGUAUUUACCACAGGGUACAGUUAAUGAAAGACGGUCAGGUGGUUGUGUCGUCCUGGGAGGACAAUCGUGAGGACUCUGAAGACAGCUCCACUCAGACAGUUCUGCUGAAUCUGAGACGAGGCAACCAGGUUUAUGUAGAGCUGGGGCUAGGGAGGUUUUUAUGUGCAGACACACAAGGUUACAACUCUUUUAGUGGAUACUUGGUCUACCCUCUUUCUGAAGCCUAA